AAAUCACAAAAAAACCAACCGAUUUUUUUUUCUUAUCGAUCAUCACAAAAUUGGGCUCUUCGUUUCUCAAUCUAGGGUUUUGCGAAUGGGAUAAUUUUCGUAUCAAUUUCUCAGAAAUCACAAUUAGGGUUAUUAAAAAUUAGGGUUUCAUUUCAUUUCUAUCAAAAAAUUUAAAGAAAAUGGAGACAACAACAAGAACAUCAACUUCACCAACAGCGGAUAUCAUAGAACCAUUAUUAGGCAAUUCAAAUCGAGGUGGAGGAGAAGAUGGUAGUAACAAUGGAAACAGAAUCAAUCGAAGUUCUUCAUCGGGUUUACGCGGAGCAGCAAGGUUUUUACGAAGAGCAAGUAGUAGAAGAAUGAUGAGAGAACCAUCAAUGUUAGUAAGAGAAACAGCAGCAGAACAAUUAGAAGAAAGACAAAGUGAUUGGGCAUAUUCAAGACCUGUUGUUGUUUUAGACAUAUUAUGGAAUUUCGCUUUUGUUAUUAUUGCUAUUGUUUUCUUGAUUUUGGGUAGAAAUGAAAAACCAGCUUUGCCGUUGAGAUUAUGGAUUUGUGGUUAUGCUCUUCAGUGUAUACUUCAUAUGGUUUUCGUUUGUGUUGAGUAUAAACGAAGAAAUCCACCGCAGCGGUUGGCUCCGAUUGUUGGGACUGGUGGGAAUCAGAGUAGUGAGAGUUUGAGUACUAGUUCUCACGAGGGAUCUAGUGAUUCUCAUGAAUAUCUUGUUGAACAACAGCAACUGCAACAAGAAGGGGGUGUCAGUUCUUCUACUGCCAGUGCUGCUAAGCAUUUGGAGUCUGCUAAUACGAUGUUUUCGUUCAUAUGGUGGAUUAUUGGAUUCUAUUGGGUAUCUGCUGGUGGCCAGACAUUGACAACUGAUGCUCCUCAGCUUUACUGGUUAUGUAUUGUAUUUUUGGCGUUUGACGUUUUCUUUGUAGUAUUCUGUGUUGCCCUGGCAUGUGUUAUUGGUAUUGCUGUUUGCUGCUGUCUUCCAUGUAUAAUUGCUAUCUUAUACGCCGUGGCAGAUCAGGAAGGUGCAUCCAAGGAUGACAUUGAUCAAAUACCAAAGUUCAAAUUCCGAAAAAUUGGUGAUUGUGAGAAACAGAGCGGUGAGGUACAGGGGCCAUUCGGAGGAAUCAUGACUGAGUGCAACACUGAUGCACCUGUAGAGCACGUUCUAUCUUUGGAGAAUGCAGAAUGUUGCAUCUGUCUUUCUGCCUAUGAUGAUGGAGCUGAGCUGCGUGAGCUUCCUUGUCGCCACCAUUUUCACUGUGCCUGCAUUGAUAAGUGGUUAUUUAUAAAUGCCACCUGUCCUCUAUGUAAGUAUAACAUUUUAAAGACUGGCAGCAAUGGAAGAGAGCAAGUAUAGAGUGUCUAAACUUCUGAAAUCUCACCUGCAAUACAUGCUUCAGGUAUUCAUUAGUUGUUGUAAACACCUGUCUUUCAAAUUUCCACCUAGUUAGUGCGAGUAGAACAUCCUCGUUCUUUUCUCCCCAAAACCCUUUCACUGUCAGCCUACGGUUUUGCAUCUUUAUUCAUGGGCACCAUGGAUCAUUUUUAUCAGGUGUGAAGAUUUCCUCCUUCAUGUGUGUGGUAUGUUUUAUAUCUUUCUGCUUAGAUUCGUUGUAUGUAAACUUGAAAUGGCAGAACCAUGUGCACAUAUAUAUUGUAAUAUUAUACCGGAGCUGGUUGGUGUUCUGUUUGAACAACUUGACCCCUACUUUUCUUGAUGAUAUAUGUUAAUGAUGUCACAGUUGGUGAAGUCAUUAGCUAUCAUCAUUAUUUUUUUCAAAGUCUUCAUUUCCUUUAUGUGCA